AUGGUUUUAUCCGAUCAAGAUUUGCAAUCAGAAUAUCCUCCAUUAUACUACAGAUUAGGAGCUAACCAAUACGAGAAAAGUAUCGAGUUUUAUAAUGCAGAUAAGCAAUUGAGUCAAAACGAUCGUGGACAGAUCUUUAGAGAUAUCCAGUACGUUUACGGGAAGUCUGAGUUCAUAUCAUUCACCACGUUCAUAUUGGCAAUGAGUACCCCUACUCUCUACGGCUUGAUUAAAAAAAGAUAUUACCCCCAAAAGGAAGAGUUGCAAUCACCAAUAAUAAAAGAAACCAAGAAAUUACCGUUUUUCAAGAGACCAGUUGCUAAAUUUUUUGCACUUUCAGCAAUUUCAAUGGGUAUUUCAUUAAUGGCUCAAGUUAAAGCGAAAAGCUAUUACUUGAAUGAAAAAACUAAUCAAAUUAGUCAACUGUCAAAUGUCAAUUCCCAAAGACAAGCUCAGAUAUGGCAAAAAAUUGAUGUUUUUGCAUUACCGUUAUUUUAUUUCUAUUAUAAUUUAACCUUUAAAAAUGAAUCAUUAGUGAUUAAAGAUCCCAAAUUAAUGAAUGAUCAAGAUAUUAGAAGAAUUGGAAUGUUUCAAACUUCUAAUAAAAAGGCAAGUCAUUUUGCCGAAAUCUUACCAAUGAAAUUUUGUAAAGAGGAUGGUAAGAUCGAUGAAAGUAUUGUAUUAAAACUGUUAGGUAUAAAUAGAAAUCCCAAUCAAGUUCUGGAUUCGGAAGUUUCAAUUUCAACUCAUUGGGAUCAAUUGAGAAAAGAAAACUUUCCUCAGGAAUCAUCUGAAAAUAUUGAGUGGGUUAAUCCUAAUUCUUCAAGUGAUUCUUCAACUGAUGUUAAUGAUUCUUCAAUUGAUGUAAAUGAUGCUUCAAUUGAUUCAAAUGAUUCUUCUAACGAUAAAACAAAUGAUCCACCGUCAUCAUCUUGGGAUGCCAUAAGACGUCAAAAUGGUAAAUAG